AAUAAGUCAAUCUGCCGUCAUGUAUCAGGUUGCAUUUUUUUUUCCCCCGCUUUGCUUUUCUCCCCAGGUGGUUUCAGCAAGUUCCAGGCCGAGUUCGCCCUGCACUGUGAAACUAACCUAGACAGUUCAUGUAGCAGCAGCUCCCCUCCUCUGCCAGUCCUGGGCUUGGGAGGCCUCCGGAUCAGCUCCGAUUCCUCCUCAGACAUUGAGUCUGACAUUGACAGAGACCCCAAUAGUGCCACCGACUCCGAUGGCAGCCCUCUCUCCAACAACCAGCCUUCCUUCCCAGUGGAGAUUUUACCCUACCUCUACUUAGGCUGUGCCAAGGACUCCACUAAUCUGGACGUUUUAGAAGAGUUCGGCAUUAAAUACAUCUUGAAUGUUACCCCCAACCUGCCUAAUCUCUUUGAAAAUGCCGGCGAAUUUAAGUACAAGCAGAUCCCAAUCUCUGACCACUGGAGCCAAAACCUGUCCCAGUUCUUUCCUGAGGCCAUCUCCUUUAUAGAUGAAGCUCGGGGGAAGAACUGUGGGGUCCUGGUGCAUUGCUUAGCGGGGAUCAGCCGCUCGGUCACAGUGACAGUGGCCUACCUCAUGCAGAAGCUCAACCUGUCCAUGAACGACGCCUAUGAUAUCGUCAAGAUGAAGAAAUCCAACAUUUCACCCAAUUUCAACUUCAUGGGCCAGCUACUGGACUUCGAGCGAACUCUGGGGCUGAGCAGCCCCUGCGACAACCGAGUGCCGACCCAGCAGCUGUACUUCACCACCCCUUCCAACCAGAACGUCUUCCAGGUGGACUCCCUGCAGUCCACGUGAGCUCCCGUGGCCUCCCUCGCUCCUCACGGGAUCAUUCCUCAGUGGUUUCUCUUUGGCAGUGGUAAAGCAAACACAGCUUUCUCUUUUUCUGGUCUCUGGUGUCAAAAAGCAGCUGCCGAUGCACGCUAGGAAAGGUUACACGGUGCGAGCUCGGCUAUUGCAAAGGGAGGGAAGGUGGUGAGAUCCCUGGGAAGGAAGGUAGUGAGCAGCCAGCAGGGAGGCAGCACUGGGUGCACAGUUGUUCCUGCUCCCGCAGUGGCUUGGAUCUGAGGACUUCCAAAGGGGUUUGGGUAAGACUGGACAGACUGAGCACAUGUUCUCUAGAGACUGGGACUAUACUACUUCCUUUUUUGCUUUUGGAUCUCUGGCAUACGUUUUUGUCUUCAGUGAAGACUGUUUGUUUGUUUUUGUUUUGUUCUGUUUUAAUUUAGAGGAGCCAAAGAAAGAGAUUUCAGCUUAGUGUAUUUGGAGUACUUGUUUGCCAGGAGCUCAGUAGUAUUCUACUUGAUCAAUGUAAAUAUUUAAUCUUAAAUUGAUUUGCAUUUUUUUUUAAUUCACAUGUUUUCAAGAAGUCAAUCCAAGGGACGUCUACACUUUUGUUCUCUUCAUAAAUUUUGCUUUUUUUUUUCAUUGCAAAGAAUAUAUUUGCAGCAUGCUUAAUUUUAUUGUUCAACUGAAGCAAGCUUUCCAUGGGAGAGAAAUGGCAGUGGAGAGAAGUCUGCAAAUCAUGUUUUGUGAGCAAGUACAGUCUCUUCUUUCAUAUAUUUUUCUUUUCCUUGUGGUGAUUUUUUUUUUCUCACACUUUUGAUGUAGUUUCACAUUUUAUAUAUAUAUAUUUUUAAAUUAAAUUAAUUUUGCCUUACCUUUUGUAAAUAGGUCAUCUGGGAGGAGGUUGGUCUUUGAAUGCAAAAGAUUUUUGAUCACUUUUUAAAACUUUCAGAUGUGCUAAACAGUGCAUUACCUCUGUACAAAUUCUUCAGGGAGCUUCACCUCAAAUGCAAUAUUUUGUGUCUUUUUUUUUUCUUUUUUUGUAUAAAACUGGAAGUAUGUGUGAGCAUUUGUACCUGUGUGUGCGCACAGUGAACCUGCACACGGUUGCCAAUAAGGGAGAGUCUAAUUCAUGGUGUAAAAGUUUUAAGAUGGAAUUUAUUAUAAGAAUGUAAAACCUUAAAUUAUUAAUAAAUAAAUAACUAUUUUUGGCUAU